AUGUCCAUUGGUAUGCUAAUCGAAGUCCUCUGUGAGGCUGAGGCUGAGGGCCACAUCAGGACUUGUGAGACGAAUACUGGAGAAGUAUACCGUGGGAAGCUCAUGGAGGCAGAGGACAACACGAACUGCCAGAUGUCCAACAUUACAGUCACAUGUAGGGAUGGCCACAUGGCACAACUGGAAAAAGUGUACAUUCAUGGCAGCAAGAUCUGCUUUCUGAUUUUGCCUGGCAGGCUGAAAAAUGCACCCAUGUUAAAGAGCAUGAAAAAUAAAAACCAAGGCUCAGGGGCCGGCUGGGGAAAGACUGCUAGUCUGAAGGCCCAAGUGGCUGUAAGAGGAAGAGGACAUGGAAUGGGACAUGGGGACAUCUUCUAG